UACAUAUGUCUGUACGUUUACUAGGAGCACGUGUGAUUGCUGGCUGCUGCAAUUUCGUCGCAGCCGGCGACGUGCGGCUGUAAAUAACUGAUUUGGUUACCAAAACCUAAGAUUCAAUUAACAUAAGCGUCUGAUUUUGCACGCAGCAACUCGUUCCACAGCUGUGACCAUUCAGUCCGGCCGCUCGUCGUUUUUCUGUGUGUAUCGUCGAUUCGAAGUCGUCAACAUGGCUAAAGCAAAGCGGAUCGGAGCUAAGAAAACAAGCUCUUUCAACAAGGGAACUCACAGUUUGAACCCAGAUCGGCCCAAGAAAAGCAAUGACUCCACGAUGCGAGACAAGUCGACCAUCAAGCGUCUCCUCAUGUACAAGAACUCGAGACCGUACAGAGACCGCAAGGGCAAGAUUGUCAAGGCCGCACCGUACCAGUCGUGGGUGACGUCUGGCACCGUGGCACGAGUGGCACCAAACCCCAAGUGGUUUGGCAACACCCGCACGGUCAGCCAGGGGGCGCUGCAGCAGUUCCAGCAGGAGCUGGGGCAGGCCAUGCGCGACCCUUACCAAGUGGUGAUGCGGCAGAGCAAGCUGCCCGUUAGCCUGCUGAACGAGAAGGCCAAGAAUGCCAGAGUGCACAUCCUGGACACGGCAAGUUACGAGGCAACGUUUGGCCCUAAAGCACAGCGCAAGAAGCCACGUAUCUCAGCUGGAGACUUGAACGAGCUGGUCCAAGCUGCUGACACCUCUCAAGCGCAACACGAGGAGACCAAAAAGGAUGUUCCAGAAGAGGAGGCAAGGGCUACCGUUCGUCAGGAAAUCAUGGCCAAGGGCCAGUCUAAGCGCAUCUGGAAUGAACUGUACAAGGUGAUCGACUCGUCGGACGUGGUGAUCCAAGUGCUGGACGUCCGGGACCCACAGGGCACACGCAGCCCUUUCAUCGAGCGCUUCAUGCGCAAGGAGAAACCCCACAAGCACCUGGUGUUCGUGCUCAACAAGUGCGACCUGGUGCCCACCUGGGUGACUCAGCGCUGGGUGGCUCUCCUCUCGGCCGAGUACCCCACCAUGGCAUUCCACGCCAGCAUCACGAACCCUUUUGGCAAGGGCGCCCUCAUCAAUCUGCUCAGGCAGUUCUCCAAGCUGCACACGGACAAGCGGCAAAUCAGCGUGGGCUUCAUUGGCUACCCCAACGUUGGCAAGUCAUCGGUCAUCAAUGCCUUGCGCUCUAAAAAGGUCUGCAAUGUGGCACCCAUUGCCGGAGAAACCAAGGUGUGGCAGUACAUCACGCUAAUGCGCAAGAUCUACCUGAUUGACUGUCCUGGUGUCGUCUACCCCACCGGUGACACUGACACGGAGAUAGUCCUCAAAGGAGUGGUUCGUGUUGAGAACAUUGAGGACCCCCAAGACCACAUCCCAGAAGUCUUAGACCGUGUUAGGCCUGAGUACAUCGUCAAGACGUACAAGAUUGACUCGUGGGACAACCCGGAGGACUUCCUCGAAAAGUUGGGCAGGAGGUCUGGCAAGCUGCUCAAGGGCGGAGAACCUGACAUCUCCACAGUCGCCAAAAUGGUGCUGAAUGACUGGCAGAGAGGAAAACUGCCGUACUUCGUCAAGCCACCCGGUGGAGAGGAGUCCACCGUGACGCAGGAGAAUGCGGAGCCCUCCGGUGACAUUGCCAUAGCUGCAAAGGUGCGUCAAGACCUGGACGAAAUCCGGGUGGGCCCGCACUUUGUGGCCGAAGACCUUCAGGCACCCGAUGGUAUCAAGACAACUCCAGGAGCAACUGGCAAGUCCAGGACCAAGGACAAGGCACCAUCCGAAAACUCAUUCAUUGAAGUUGAGAAGUCUUCAGCAGAAGAGAACGAAGGGCACGACUCUAAGUCAGAUUUGGGCCCUGGUGGUCUGUUUGUUGAGUCCGAAUCUUCAGAAGUUGUUCCUCAAAGUGAACAGAAAGGAGAUGUCUCUGAAGGUUCGCCAGCUACUACAGAGCGGGAAAAUGAAGAGAAAGUCGCAAAAACUGCUGUCAAAGAAGUUGCGGGCAGUAUACCUGCCGAAGUGAAGGUACAUUCAGCUGCAGAGAACGAGACCGAGGAGUUCAAGGACUCCUCGAGUGUUCCCAAAAGGGAACAAGCACCAAGUGAAGCUGAGAAGAAUUCCAAUGCGGCACAAGCCGACGCCGUCGGCAUUCCCGCCAAUCGACCACCGGCCAAGAAGCGGAGAAAGUCUGGCGCGGAUUCGCAGCACUGUAGAACUCUGCGAUCUCAUUGGGAGAAAGAUGGCCCAGAGCCCCUGGGCCCAGUUUCUACCGAAGAAGAAACAGAAAACCUGAGAGCGAUGCCCUCGAGCGUAGACAAAGCUCCAGUGGCUGUACCAGCAACUGUGAAUUUGGAAGCGGCCGACUCGUCGGACGAGGAUGACAAACAAAAGAGAGCCACUUCUCUGGUGACCAGCAGCGGCACGUUUGUAGUGAGCUCGAUGGCCAAGCGGAGAAAACCUGUGAGAGAGGACGAUGAGGCACCCGCUAGGCGACUUACCGGCAAAGAGAAGCGACGAAAGAUGGAGGCGAAGAAGGUACGAAAGGUGGGCCACCACUUCUACGACUAUGCCAACGUGAAGAACCGCAACAGGGCCAAGGCGCGCAAGAACCGGGAAAACCAAAAGCUGCUGUCUAGAGGGAAAAUAAAGUCUGUGUAAUUAUUGUACAAAA